GCGGUACACGCCAACGGUGCCUCGGCGCAAAUGUUACCACGACCACGCGGGAAAUAGUUGCGUCCGAUUGAAAAUAAGAACGAAAUCGUGAAAAAAUUAAAAUAUAUAAUACAUAUUGUUGAAUUACAAUUCGUGAAGAUAUUAAAAAUGAGUGCCAGUGCACGGAUUGUCGCCAUCCUUCUUAUGAUUUCUGCUACUACAGCUGUUCCUGCGGGAGAAACGAGAAGAACUCUGGCUAAUGAUGACAAAGGAGAUCUCAUGGCAGAGUCAUCAGAAAUCAUACCAGAGGCUGUAGCUGCACCAUCCGACAUCAAACAAAGAGCACAAGCACCAGAUGCAGACGCGGAGGCCGACGAAUCGGACCACUCCAUAGAACUCGUUGGAGGCUCGCAAACAUUCUUUCCAUCCUUCGCAAAUCUUUUUGAGCCCAGACAACACAACUUCAGACUCGGCUUCGGAAGUCAAGAAGGAGCCUUUAGUCAAAGACCAAACUCCUACAAGUCCCUCUUAAACUACCCUCUCUUUGGAAGCUUUAGAAAUUUCGACGGCUUUACCAAACCAGAAACUCAAGCGUCAGCUCCUUUAAUCGAUGCCACUAACAACGCCGUUUUAGGCUCAGGAAACUUCGGCAUUAUCAGAGGAGGGACUUUCAACGUCCGGAACGACGAAGACUCAGAAUUCGAUAAUGGCUUCAAUUCUUACUACAAUAACGGACACGGCCGGCCCUCUUUUGGAGCAAGCUAUGUCGCCAAUCCUAGACCAAAUUUCAAUCAAGAUCAAUUUGCAAACUUCAAAGACUUUGCUGAUAUCAAUACCCCUUCUAAUGCCGCUUAUUCCCAUUUUGUUGUCGUGUAUGCUAACAAAAACUCUACAGCAGACGAAAUUAGUGAAGAAACAAGAAAAGUUGCCACUAGACCCAAAAAUAUCAUUGAAACUUUAGAAAGUCUUGAUGAGAAAAAGAGUCCUACGAAGAUUUCAAAAACUAAAUUAAAAUUAGAAGCGACGAAAUUAAACAAGAAAGAGCAAUGGAAGAAAGCAAAUUCAAAAUAUUCAAGCCAAAAACAUGACCCAGAAGAACCGUUAUUAGCAUUAAGUUAAGGUUAGAUUAUUAUAGGAAUAAUGUCAUAGUUUAGAGAAAAUGUGCGUCGCGUUUGUAGAAUUUCCUGAUUGCGACAGAACUAGCCACAAAUAAUUAGGAAAAAGUCCUGAUUUGCAGUUGGUGUUUAGCCUUACCUCUGAUUUUCCAGUUAUUAUUUUAAAUUAAAUUAUAGAUAUGUGAAAGAUAGUAUUGCAAAAUUAUGUCUAUGAGUAGCGCGUCUUCUAUUGCCUGUGUUGUAAAUAUUAAAGACUUGAAUUACGUAAUAUUAAAGAAAACCAGUAGAAAGCAGUAUCUGACGAGAAUUACCUCUAACUUCAGUCCGUUCCCAAGAAUAUUAAACUCUACGAUGCACUUAACAUAAAUACUAAACUCCGAACAACGAGCUCAAAGUAGAUGAAAUUUUGUUUAGUGCACGUAAAUUGACCUUUAUAAGUGACGAAUAGAAAUUCUAAAAAUAACAUUUACAUAAAGUAAGUAAUCCUUAGAUUGUGUAAGGGAAUAAAUGAGAUGAAUGACUGUGCCUGUAUUAUAAAUUGUACUCGCAUGAACAGCGA